UAGUUGUAGUAUAUAGUUAGUAGUAACUUUAGUUAUUCAAAUUUUGUAUUUUUAUUAGUAGCAGUAUUACAUAGUAGUAGUAGUGUUUGUAGUAUAAUUAUAAUUUUGUAUUAUUUUUUUAUUAGUAGUAGUAUUUGUAGUUGUAUAAUUUUGUAUUAGUAGUAGCAGUAGUAGUGAUUUAUUAUCAUUAUUGUUAGUAGUAUUAAUUUAUAGUAGUAGUUUAAUUUAUUGUAAUUUUGUAUUAGUAGCAGUAGUCGUAAUGUUAUUUUAUUAGUAGUAGUAUUAAUUAUUGUAAAUCUGUAACAUGAUUAUUGGUAAUAGUAGUAAUAUACAUUUAUUAUUAUUAUUUUUUACUAGAAGUAAUAGUAAUAUUGGUAUUAAUUAUUGUAAAUCUAUAAUGAUUAUUAUGUGUAGUAUUUAUUAUAAAUCUAUAUUAGAAUUAUUAUUAGUAAUAGUAUUAUGUAAUGAUUAUUAUUGGUAGUAUAAUUGUUUAUUAUUAUUAUUAUUGUUUGUCGUUGUAGCAGUAAUUGAGUUAUUGGUAGUAUAAUUGUUUAUUGUUAUUAUUGUUUGUCGUUGUAGCAGUAAUUGAGUUAUUAGUAGUAGUAGUAUUGUAAAUGUGUAAUAUUAUGAUUAGUAGUAGUAGUAGUAUUUGAUUUAUUAUGACACUUGGCUGCUGUUGCUGAGCAACAGCGUGAGCCACGCCCUUUCUGUUUGACAUGUCCAGUCCCCACCUGUUUUUAGCGUCAUGAUGGUAUGGCCCACAGAGACGACACUUCCCUCGGCGCGGGACGGGCUGUAACUAUGAAGGUAUUUGAAAUGUCUCUAGUGCUGAUUGUUUCUUUCCAGGAGUGAGUUGCUAUAAGGAGUGUCGCUGUCACUCGUCUUUUAUUUACUGGAAAGGACACGAAUUAGCGACGCGCGCGCAUCAACCGCACCCGGAAGUGGCAGCACUUGUCCAGUUCCAUCAUGUUUUGUUUGGGCUCGCAGUAAUAAGAAGAAGAAGAAGAAGGAGGAGGAGGAGGAAUCCCGGUCUAACAUGAUCACAGCACGAGUCGAUCAGAACAGCUCUGGCUCGUGUGUUCGGCUCCGACUUGCGCUACACUAAUCAGGAGAGGAGAGAGAGAGAGAGGUAAAGGUAGAGGUAAAGGCGGACAUGCGACAGGGAGUGGAGUACAGUCCGGUCGGUGAGGGUCUCGGGAUGCGGGAAUACUGGCUGUACGCGUGCAUGCGCAAAAUCUCUCUCAUGGCCGCGCAUUGUGUCGCUCUGCUCUUCACCGUGCUCAUCGGCGUCCUGUCCCGACCCGGAACAAGUCUCUUCUCUUGGCAUCCGCUCUGCAUGUCACUCGGGUUCUGUCUGUGCAUGACGGAGGGGAUCCUGCUCUUCUCGGGCGAGGGUUCUCCGUGCUGCUUCAUGUCCCGUAAAGGGAAGAUCCGCACACACUGGGUCCUGCAGGUGCUGCUGCUGCUUUUCGCAGCCAUGGGCCUCGGCUUCAUGGUGGCCAGCAAGAGGAAGUCGGAGCACCCCCACCUGGAGACAUGGCACAGCCUGCUGGGCGUCGGGACGCUGGUGGCAACGGUGCUGCAGGCGACCUGCGGCGUUUGCCUGCUGUUCCCCAAGCUCACCCGCAACGUUUCCGUGCCACGGCUGCGGCUCUACCACGCCACCUGCGGCCUCGUGGCCUACUUGCUGGCCACCGUCACCGUCACCGCCGCCUUAUUCAGCGACUGGUUCCAGGCCACCGUCAAUGGGCCGAUUUGGUACGCCUUCCUGCUCCUGCCUCCCUUCCCCGCUCUGGUGGUGAUGAACCAAAUCACAAACACCUUCCUGCCUAAGAAGAAGCUAACCACGUGA